AUGGGCAGCCAAUUUGCAGAACUGACAGUGGGUGUCUUUGGGCGCAUUAUGGGGGGCGGCGGCUGGUCGACCAUCCGAAAGGUUGGUGGCAACUUCGGGGUGAAGGCUGACUGGCUCGAAGAGCACUUCCACAUGAGCCGAACCGCCGGUAAAGUCUUCGCAUCGGAGACUGCGAUGAAGGAGUACGAAUCACAGAUGAGAGUGAAGCGUGGAAAGAAGUCCUGGACCGGCGGCUUGCGCAUCAAGCGCGAGAAGCACAAGAAGAAGAUGCAGCAGAUCAAGGAGAGAUUCGUCAAUCCAAGGGAUUGGAACAAGAGGACCAGGAUGCCAACGUACAGAGACAUCAAGCGUGGCAUUGCCAAGCCACUCGAAGACUACCUGGGCAAGACCCAUUUGUAG